AGGGGCCCGGGCAGGAGGAGCUGGAGGAGGACGACGCCUUCGCCAGCGUGCAGGUGCCGGCGGCCGCCUUCCUGGGCUCCGGGACCCCCGGCAGCGCGAGCGGCAGUCGGGGCCGCCUCAACUCGUUCACUCAGGGAAUCCUGCCCAUCGCCUUCUCCAGGCAGACCUCCUUGGAGCAGCCGGGCCCGGGCGCCUUGGAGCAGCUGCAGAGGUCCCGGCGUCGCCUCAUCUCCCAGAGAUCAUCUUUGGAGACCCUGGAAGAUAUUGAGGAGAACGCCCCUCUCCGAAGAUGUCGAACUCUCUCAGGUUCGCCCAGACCAAAGAAUUUUAAGAAGAUUCAUUUUAUCAAGAACAUGCGGCAGCAUGACACCAGGAACGGCAGAAUAGUCCUUAUCAGUGGCAGAAGAUCCUUCUGUAGUAUAUUUUCCGUGCUGCCGUAUCGCGACAGUACCCAAGCCGGGGACUUGAAGCUGGAUGGAGGGAGACAAUCGGCAGGCGCCAUGAGCUUGAAAGAGAUCAUUGGCCUGGAAGGUGUGGAGCUGGGAGCUGACGGGAAGACGGUUUCCUAUACGCAGUUUCUGUUACCCACAAAUGCCUUCGGAGCCCGGAGAAAUACCAUAGACUCCACCUCCUCCUUCUCCCAGUUCCACAACCUGAGCCACCGCAGCCUGUCCAUCGGCCGCGCCAGCAGCACCCAGGGCAGCCUGGACACAGGUAGUGACCUGGGAGAGUUCAUGGACUACGACCCGAAUCUCCUGGACGACCCCCAGUGGCCUUGCGGCAAGCACAAGCGAGUUCUGAUUUUUCCUUCCUACAUGACCACAGUAAUUGACUAUGUGAAGCCCUCGGAUCUCAAGAAGGACAUGAACGAGACCUUCAAGGAGAAGUUUCCUCACAUUAAGUUAACGCUCAGCAAAAUAAGGAGCCUGAAACGAGAGAUGCGGAAGCUUGCCCAGGAGGACUGUGGCUUUGAGGAGCCCACAGUCGCCAUGGCCUUUGUCUACUUUGAGAAGCUCGCUCUCAAGGGGAAGCUGAACAAGCAGAACCGGAAGCUGUGUGCUGGCGCGUGCGUGCUGUUAGCGGCUAAGAUCGGAAGUGACCUCAAGAAGCACGAAGUCAAGCAUUUAAUUGAUAAGCUGGAAGAGAAGUUCCGGCUGAACCGACGAGAACUGAUUGCCUUCGAGUUCCCAGUGUUAGUGGCCUUGGAAUUUGCACUGCAUCUGCCGGAGCACGAGGUCAUGCCGCACUACAGACGCCUGAUCCAGCGCUCCUAGCACAGGCCCCGGCGGGGGGGCGGGAAGGCCCGGGUCUUGGGGCUCCAGGGAGCAGCACUGGCUCCCGGAAACGGAGAGCUGGAGCUCCAGGAACCACUCGGCCUUUCCUCUCGCUGUGCUCUCCUGGGAGGCGGCACAGGAAAGGGCAGGGAGUCUUCUGCUCGCGGAGAGGAGCGACGAGCUGGCUGCUGCUCAGCGUCGGCAGAGAGGUGUGUGCCCACCCUGCUCCCCACCAGCAAGGACUCCGAGCUGCCCGGCUGCUGCUCCUCCCGGGCGCACACAGACCUGGCCCUCCUGGCCCACCACUGUCCCUGCAGACUUCCUGCCUCGGAGUGCAGUGCUAGAGCGGAUGAGCAAACUGCAGGACCGGGGAAGGCUUUGAGAAGUACCUUGCCUGUGUCAAAAGCGUGUGCCAGUCUAUUUCUGUAUCAACCAUUGGAAGUGCACUUUCCCAGGCAGGUGCCUGUGUGAGCAUCUGGGCUCCGGCCGGCGCCCUUCAGAGCUGACACCGGCAGACCUUUCCAGGCCGUGUCAUCGUGUCCCACGACGACAGUCUCCGCCCUUAGGCGAUGACAUUGUUUGUGUCACUGCUCGUGCCACCAACCAGAAGAGACGAGCCUCAGUGUUGGACGGGUCGCACGGAAGGUGUGCAGAGCGUCACACACUCCAUACCUUCCCGCUGUCACACACACUGCGUGCAUCUGCUUGGCCUGCACACUCUCCCGCUGUGGGGACGCGGGGUCGCACCCCACAGCGUGUCCUGUGCUCUAUGUUAGAGUGCGUCCUAAGCACGUUGCCUGUGCUAGAGCUGUGGAAGUGUUUUAUAAAAAUCCAGUGUGAGGGUGAGUGGACGGGUGGUAUCUGGGGCUUUUGCAGCUGGGACACUGCACUUUGAGCUGCAGUCAAGCUGACUACAGAGGCAGUGGCUCUUGGGACCGUGUACCGAGGUCUCCUAGUGCAGGGUUUGGUCGGCUUGUCCUGAUGCUCUCUGGGAUGACCUGUACUGAGGUGGGUUACCCUGCCACCACAAGACAGAGGUGUCACCUGGCUGAAGAAAGCUUGUGGCCAUGUAAAAAGAAUUAAAAUAUUUUACUGUUUUAUA